AUGUUUAUUCGGAGCUAUAAAUAAGCCAAAGAAUAUUAUACCAACACUCGGCAUGUAAUAAAAAGGCGUUUGAAAUUAUCCAAUACCGAAAUUUUUAUCUUUCUUAAUUGUAAUAAAGUUAUUAAACAUGAUCAUGGUUCGAACAGUUCGAUGAAAUUCUUAUUCCGAGUAGUAAUUCUACAAAGUGACAUAUAGCGUAACAUACCGUAGAAGAGAAAGGACGUGAAAUUCGCAUGUCAGUUGUCCGUGUAUUUACGUUUACAUUGUGAAAUUGAAAGCUAAUUCUUGCAAAUUUCAGACAUUUGUUGAUUUGAUGUUGAGAAUAUUUCUCGAAGAAAAAAUUGUUUGUGAAUUCUGAUAGGACCUUGGUAAUUUAAGGCAGAAUUUCUCGAUGACUUAUUGCAGCCAACGUCAUAGUAUUGCUUGCUUUUAUUGGUUUUAAUAGUGUUGUGCAUGGCAGAUCGCAUUGAUCAAAACGACGAAUUGCAUUUUUGGAUCACAGUUGUAGAUACUAUUAAGAAACAGUGUCAACACUAUGGAGGAAGAAAUGGAUACGGGCACUAAAUUAAAUCAAGAUCCUGGAAGUGCAUCUUCACAAUACAAGACCUCUGCAGAAUAUUUUGAUGCAUUGGAAAAAUGGAUGCAAACUGUGUAUGUGUGGCAUUGCUUUGCAGUAUCAUUUCCAUAUCUUCUAAUGACUAAUCAGUGUUUUCCUGCUCCACCUGGCCAAAGUGCUCCAAAUAAUGUUGCUGGCAAUAGAAAUACUUUCCAGUUUCCUCAACCUGCAAAUCAAUUUGGCUUUACUGCACCUGGAGGCGAAGCUCUUAGAAAUCGACAAGCUCAUGGACAGGCACCACAACAGCCUGUAAACAAUGGAGUUGAGUACCAGAUUCCUCCUAUCUGGAAGAGAUUUGUUGCUGAAUUUUUGGAUUUCCUAAUAUUAUUUUUUGUGAAAUUAGCUGUCACAUUUAUUGCUGUAGAUGUUUUUAAUAUCAUCGAUUUAGACAAAUAUGAUUUGGACUUGCUUAGCCGUACUGGCAGUAUUAAUUACAAAAAAGCAGUUGAAAUGACUGCUGAAAUAGUUGUUUUAGAAGGCAUUCAUCGAGUUGUUGUUUCUAUAUUUGAAGCAUUUUGGAUUCGAAGAGGUCAAGGAGGUCAAGUAGGAGGUGCAACUCCUGGGAAAUUAAUUAUGGGCAUUCGUGUUGUUCUCUGUGAAAGAGUCACAGCUGUUGAAGGUCGGCCUCCUGAUACAGUUUUGGUUUAUCCUGCAACUGACCUUGGUUGGACUUGGGCCUUUGCUCGAUCUUUUGUGAAAAAUCUUGUACUAGCAGUGUUAAUUCCUGCUCUUUUUGCUCUGUUCUUUCUGAGACAUAAUAGAACAGGAUAUGAUAUUCUCUGUCAUACAAUUGUUGUAGAAGAUCGCCCACGACAACAUUAAAAAAUAUUAGUGUACCCAAGAGUGUAAACUAUUGGAAGAAAUUGAAGUAUUGUGUACAUAAAAAUGUAUUAUACGGUUUUAAAAAUUUGCUUUCAAUUGUUCAAGUUAUUUAGAAUAAUUUAUUCUGUUUAUUGUUUCAAAAUUGUAGUAACUUUAUGUCUAGCGUAUUGACGAGUUUUAUUGUGCUUAUAUUUUCAUACAAGUCAAGAUCUUCAUUCACUAUUAUAGUUUCUUGAAAUUCCUUCCUUCUCUGUUUUACUCCCAUUUCAAUUCUUAGAGCUUUUAUAUUUUUGAUUAUUUUAUUAAUUUCAUUAAUCUCAGCAAUCUCUCAGACUAUGAAAGAAAUUUCAACUGGAGGAAAAGUUCAAUAAAUAGCUAAUGUCAGAUUUACUCAGAAGUAAAUGAAAUAAUUGAAUGGUUAGCUGAAAGAAGGAACACACUCAAAUCACACUGAGAGGAAGUGUUUUAGAAAAAUGUCUCAAAAUAAACCUCUCAACACUAGAAAGCCUGGCUUUCUGACGACUCCUAGAAUGCCUAACAGAUGAGUUCAUUCAUCUUAGAACCUUCAAUGAUGUUUGUUGUGUAAGGUAAAUGGAAUUUUUUUUUAAAUCAGUGGAACACUUUGAAUGAUAAUUACUUCAUUUCUAAUUGAACUAAUAGUACAUCAUUUUAAGCAUUUUGGAAAUUUCUUAUUUCACCUCUGGAGAUAAAAGUGAAAGGAAUUCAUUUUCGUAAAUAAUUAGUUCAAUGGUAAUGCAUUAAAUAAGUACUAACAUUCUGUACUAUGUGCAUCAUUGCUUAAAAAUAUGUGUAUUAAAAAGAAUGUAAAUAGUGGAAUCCAACUUCAAAUCGUCAGACUCUGAACACUGUUUUAUGGCGUUUUUAGGCACAGGAUGAUGCAUGAAAGCAACAUUCUAAUAUUGCUAGGCGAUGAUAUUAUAUUGCACAGAAAAUAGUUCCCUUAAUUCUAUUAUAAAUUAUUGCUGUCUCUAUUCCUUCAACUUUAUUUUACCUAAAUUUUAUGCUUUUGCUCGUUUCUGACCACUGAUGCUAUGCUGUGGGGGGAACCAGAGAAGCUACUGAGACUUUCAUGUGAUGCAAAAAUGCGUUUCCUGUACCAUACACUAUUUUCUUACUGUUCUCUUAUAUUUUGACAGAAAUAGAUCCUUUACUGAUUUUAAAUUGACAGUCCCAGCAUGUACUUGCUUUUGGUAAUUGAUCAAUGCAUUUUGAAACUGAUUGUACCUUACUACUUUUCAAAUAUCCUUUUCUUAGUGCUGUGCUCCUUUAGUUUUUGGUUACAAUCCCUUCUUUUCUUAGUACUGCUGGUCACAUCUCGUAACCAAUCCAGGGAUUUAUAGCUGCAAGAUCCCGAAUAGUAAAGCCUACUUGAAAACACUAUCUUAUUGAAGUAGAUUUUGUGAAAUACCUGUUUUGUGAGCAAUUUAGUAAAUGUCACCUCUUUAUUCUGUAGUGCUGAAGCAGGCUUCAUUGUUUUUGUCACUUUGUAACUACAUCAUGGAUGAAAGUUCUUAGAAGUAAAGUUUUUUUGUUUCUUAUAUCAAAUUUUCAUAUUUUAACUCUUGUUUACCAAAAAGGAUUUUCUUUAGAGAUUUCAAAUCUCUCAAAACGUCUCAUCUGUUUAUUUAAAGAUCCCGUUAAACUUGUGCAUUUCUUUCAGACAUUUAUAAAGAUAAACUGAAAUAAAAUAAACAUCACACAUGUUUCUCUUUUCUUUAAGUUUUAACUUUUAAUAGUGUGAAUAAAAGUAAAAUUUAAAGUCACAAAUAGAAAAUUCCUACGUAAGAAACAAAAAAUUGACACACUGUUAAAACAGUGCCAGGAGUCGAAACAAAAGCCUCUGGGCUUUCUAGUGUUGCAUCACAUUGGAAAUAUGAGUACUAUUUGGCAGGAAGAAGUACUACCAAAAUAUCUUUGGAGAUCUGUGGAAAAAUUACGUGAAACGCCUUAAGAUUUCUUCCAGCUUCCUCAUCAGUUGCUUUAUGUGGCCCCUCCACUCCCCACCAGAAAAUAAAUUUUAUUUCAAUAUUAAUUAAUUUAUAUAUUAAUGCAAUAAUUGUGAUAUUACUAUGUUAAUUGUAUAUUAAUAUAUUACAUUAAUUAUUAAAACAUUAAAUGUGUUGUUUUUAUUAGUAUACUGUUUAGAGAAAUGGCUUCCAAAGAUGUUACUAUGGAGAAACUGUCACAGCACAGAAUUAGUAAUUAAUCAUAGAACUUUGGUAUGGCCUUUUGUAAAUAGUUUCAUAUACAAUUUUUGUGUGAAAAUUUAAAUAAAUGAAUAUUUAGUGAUUUUUGUCAAAUAUUUAAUGCUAAAUAACACAAAAAGAAAAUAUAUAAUCUGUAAAAGAAAAGGUUGUGUAUAUUACACUAAUUUGUGAGAAUUGUUGUAAUAAGAUAGGAAACAAAAAUCAACAUUUACAGGAAGUUCACAAUUGAAAGUGGAACAAGUAACUAAACUUUCUCUGAAUUGUAUUAAAUGUAGAUUGAUGCUAAGAUGGUCAAUAUAUUUUGUGAAACAUUUUGAAUUUUGCAAUUCACAGUAAAAAAUCUUAUUUUCAAGCACAAAUUUUUCAAUAUUUUGAAGUGCAUAAAGUUGAAACAACUCAUCAAAGCACUUUGGUAAAAUUACUUUGGUGAAUUUUAAGUGAUUAGAUUGCAAUACAUUUUGUAAGCCUAAUGACAAAGGUGUUGAAAAUGUUCACUGAAAUGUAAAUUUCUAUAAGUACAUUUAACGUUAUGAGAAU